AUGUUACUUCAAACUAUUUUUUUAUCUUCAUUCAUCAUAUCAUCAGUUAUAUGCGAUUGUUUUUCUUCAAAACAUGUAGGAGAAUACUGUGCUGAGAAGGCAGAAAAAAGAUUUUAUUACGACCCCAAAUACAAAUGCCAACCUUUUCAAUAUCGAGGAUGUGGUGGCAAUGGAAACAACUUCCAUUCUCUCGAAGAAUGUAGAGAAAAAUGUAUUGACGGAAAGACUAUGAGCAGCACUACGAGCAGGAAUGAAACUCAAGAAUUUGUUCCACAUGGAAAUAGUCAUGAUCAAUGGAGGAAGGCUACGGAAUGUGGAUCUGUUUUUCUAAUUCCAAAUGGCAAAUACGAGAAAUGCAAUCCAUCUUGUUCUGUUAAUCAUAACUGCGUCAAUGGAGUUUGCUGUCCGACCAAAGAAUAUGUAUGCUCUUUACGAUAUGACAGUGGGCACUUCCAAACCGGAAUCGAAGACAGGCCUAGAUUUGCUUGGAACCAUCAAACGCAGGCUUGUGAUAGAUUCAGCUAUUAUGGAGUAAGUGGAAACUAUAACAACUUCCCUUCGUUCUACAGCUGUGUUGGAUAUUGUAAAGACGCCAAGCCUUCUCAUUAA